GGUAUACAAUCGAAUGUUUUGUAGCUAGUUGUCGUAGCGAAUCAACUUGACCUAAAAUAAUUUUUGGCAUCAAAGUAACAAUUAGAGAGUACUUAACGGGCCAGCAAUCGUGACGACGAAGUGGUAAAUGGCGGGGAGAUAAACACAGAAUUAUAGCAGUGAAGAGAAGGCGCAAGAUGACAAUUGUAACGUGUGGGAUUCCCAGCAUGUUGUGCAAUAUACCCAAUUUAGGUUAUGAAUGUAUAAUGAAAAUAUUAGAUAAAUGCUUUAGCUGUACAGUAAAUAUGAACCAACAACAAAUUUUUACUUGGUAGACAUUCAGCAAUUUUCUUAUUACAUUAAAGAUGAUAUUAAAUUCUACAGAUGUUGAGAAAUUUAAGAUAAUUUAUUGGCAUUGGCAUCUCUGUUCCUUCUUCCGUCAUCGUCGAUUUUAUAUCGCGACGCGAUGAGAUUUCGUUCUUCGGAUACCGUUUAGAGUGCACAAUGCGAGGAUGGUGAAGUGCAUUAAUGUGGUUACAAAUAAUUCAUAAAUUUUGAGAACUUUUGCCUGUGCAAACUAAGUUCCACGAAUUUAUUUAUCAGUGUUGUAGAUAGUGAUUUAGAUUUCUGCUCAUGGAGUCUGAACUAGAAGAAUCUUGUAUAACAUGGUUGGCCGGUCACCUAUCUUCCUGAAGUCUGAGUUAUGGACUGUGACAGAGAAUUCGUCAGAAUACGAUUACGAAAGCUUGGUGUCAAGUCGAAAAGAUGCCAAUCCAAUAGAAAAACUCCUUAGCGACCGCCCCGAUAUUGUGACAUGGCUUAUACCUAUGCGUUACUUACAAGAAAUCCGCAAGUGCAGGGAAGAUGAGUUUUAUAUUGAAGAAAACAUACAUUCAGGCAUCACAAAGUGUACG